AGAUAUUUCCCACGGCAAGUGAAGGGAGCACUGCUUGCUGCCAUCCAUGCAUCUAGUCCUGUCUGUGGUACCUGCUGGCUACUUAACUUAGCCACCUUACCUAUCAGUCACUUAUGUUGACGAAUAAUAACAUGAACGACAGGCAAAAUGAAUUUAUUUAGUUUUCUACUCGAUGGGCAGUUGCGUUUAAAGGGAGAGAUGGAUACCAUCCAUUCGGUUUUAGUGUUUUAGCUGUUAUAGGGUUUUGCUGAGUCCAUUUUGCGUCUAACUGGAAGUGGAAAAGACAAAGAGAAAAGAGCUUUCCAAUAGCUAGAAUGGUUUGGGCCUAAAAAGAAGACAAGAGCAACAUGAACCGUGAGGACCGGAAUGUGCUCCGAAUGAAAGAAAGAGAAAGGCGAAAUCAAGAAAUCCAGCAGGGAGGAGGAGGAGGAGAGGCCUUUCCAGCAAAUUCACCUCUCUUCCCUGAGCCCUACAAAGUGUCCAGCAAGGAAGAUAAACUGUCAAGCCGUAUUCAGAGCAUGCUGGGCAAUUACGACGAGAUGAAAGAGCCGAUUGGUGACACACUUCCUAAGCUUGGCGGUAAACCAUCUAACAGCUCGUCUUCCUCCGAGGAGAAAUCGGGCCCACCUCUGUUCGGCGGGGACCAGCGCGGCGUCGGUAGCGGGGGCAGCAGCCAGAGCAGCAAGUGGACUCCCGUUGGCCCCGCAGCGGGCGGAUCUUCGUCCCAGUCCCAGAAGCGCUCGGGACUCCCGGGCGGCCACGGUAGCCAGAGGAGCGGCGGCGGGAGCAGCAGCAGCAGCGGCAGCCAAAGACACGGCGGGGAGGUGCGGGAGAAGAAGUCGAGUAAACACGGCGGCGUGUCGGAGCACUCCAAGUCGCACACGUCGAGUCCGGCCAAGGGCUCGCUGAGUUCUUCCGGCGGCGGCAGCAGCAACAGCCACUUGCGAGGCUCCUUGUCCGCCGAGCAGCAUCACAGCAAGGAGCGCUACCGCUCCAAGUCCCCGCGAGACCGAGAGGCCAACUGGGACUCUCCCUCCCGGGUUCACACCGCCUUCCCCACUGGACAGCACUCGAGUCAGGCCUUUCCGCCCUCUCUCAUGUCCAAGCCCGGCUCCAUGCUGCAGAAGCCCACAGCGUAUGUGCGGCCUAUGGACGGCCAGGAAACGGCGGAACCCAAGAGCUCACAGGCAGAAAGCUACAGCGGACAGUCGCACAGCAGCACCAUGGGAGAGAUGAAGUCCAACAGCAAGGCCUCGCUUUCCAAACUAAAGAUCCCCUCGCAGCCCGUAGAGGGAUCUGGUGACGCCAACUGUGUCGACGAGAUUCUGAAGGAAAUGACUCAGUUGUGGCCCCCUCCGCUGACAGCCAUCCACACCCCCUGCAAAACAGAGCCCUCCAAGUUUCCAUUCCCCACCAAGGACUCUCACACUUUCCCAAGUGGCCACAAGCGAGGUAGUUCGUCCAAGAGCUCCAGCAGCCACCAGUCCAAAGCGUGCGAUGACCAGCCCACUGUACUGGAAGAUGACCUGAAGCUCAGCAGCAGCGAGGACAGCGAUGGGGAACAGGACUCUGCCAAGAAUGCCUCAAGGAACACUUCAGCGAGCAAUAACAGUGAAGGAGCAGAGCAAUCCAGGGACGACUCGAGCAGCCACAGCGGCUCGGAGAGCAGCUCGGGCUCCGACAGCGAGAGUGAAAGCAGCACGACGGACAGCGAGGCCAAUGAGCCCCCCCGGCGCGCCUCGCCUGAGCCUGAACCACCCGUGGCCAACAAGUGGCAGCUUGACAACUGGUUCAAGAAAGCCAAGCAUCCGGCUUCCCCCGUGGACAACAACGUUCCGACCAAGUGCAAGAAAGAGGGCAGGGACAACGGCUCGGGGCGCGGCUACAGCAGCCAGGGAGGGGGCUCCAAAGACUCAGCGGCUCCCACCCCGAGCAGGGACUUACGGGCGGCACAGAAGGGGGCGGAGGGCGGCCGCGGCCGGCAAAAGUCCCCCGCCCAGAGCGAGGGCGGCGCCAAUCCGCGAAGGAGCGUGGGCAAGAAACAGCCGAAGAAGUCCGAGAAGCCCCCCGUGGUGGUGGAACCCAGGGGAGGCCUGAGGGUGGAGAGCGAGCCGGCUCCCGAGAUCCCCCCACGUCGGACGAAGGCCGCCACCAAGGGGUCCCGCAAACCGAGCAUCAAAAGGGAAACCAAACCCUCCCCGAGGCCCACCGCGCCCGCCGUCGCCACCGCGGACAAGCGCAAGGCCAAGGCGCCCACCAAGACUUCGCAGAAGUCGCGGGAGUUUGUCGACACGGACUCUUCGUCGUCGGACUCCGAGGGGAACGACAGCAUCCCGUCGUCGUCGCAGACGCCCAAGUACACGGAGAGCAUCAGGACCCCCGUGUGCGUCUUUUCUCCGAUGGAAGAAAAAGAGCUGCUGUCCCCUCUGAGUGACCCGGAGGAGCGCUACCCUACAAGGCAGCCGCAGCACCAGGUUUUACUCGUGAAGAUAGAUCUCAGCCUGCUGUCUAGGAUCCCAGGGCGGCCCUACAAGGAGCCUGCAGAGAUAAAAGUGGAGAGGGACGACUCUCUGGACAGGGAGAGCAAAGACUUCAGCAAACAGAGCUCCAGCAAGGCCAAGAGGAAACACAAGAACGAUGAAGAUGGCACCAAGACCGAGAUCAAGCGUUGUAAGCUAGAGGAAAAGUCCCCCUCUCAUCAUAAAAACAGCAGCAAAGAGUCUAAGAGGUCGGUGGAGAAGAAAGAGGAGCCCGUCCCCUCUCCUUCCAUAUCGGGUCUCCAGCGGACGCCCAAGGCAGAGCAUCCGAGUCGAAAGAGGACAGUCAGCCAGUCCUCCACCUCUUUGUCCAGCGGCACAGGAAGUGGGAAGGAGGGAAGCCACAGCACCAAGGGCAACUCCACCUCCAAACACCGGAAAGGGGAGGACAAGGGACGCGGCGCGCGCGACGGCAAGGAGAAAUCCUCAAAGGGCAGCGAUAACCAGCUGGCUGUGCCUCCGCUCCCCACGGACGGCUCCAAGUCUCAGAGAUCCAAGCUGAUGUUUGAGGACAGGGUCCAUUCGGCGGAUCACUACUUACAAGAGGCCAAGAAACUGAAACACAAUGCAGAUGCACUGUUGGACCGUUUCGAGAAGGCGGUUUACUACCUGGACGCUGUGGUGUCGUUCAUCGAAUGCGGUAACGCUCUGGAGAAGAGUGCUCAAGAAGCAAAGUCUCCCUUCCCUAUGUAUGCUGAAACGGUGGAGCUAAUCAAAUACACUAUGAAGUUAAAAAGCUACCUGGCUCCGGAUGCUACUUCAGCAGACAAGCGACUAGCAGUGCUCUGCCUUCGAUGCCAGUCUCUGCUCUACCUGCGGUUAUUCAAGCUGAGGAAAGACAGCGCUCUAAAGUACUCCAAAACACUCACCGAACACUUGAAGAAUUCUCUGAGUAACACCCAGGCUCCCUCUCCUGGAAUGGGAAACAAGGCGGCGAGCAUGCCCUCUCCGGUGUCUCCCAAGCUGUCGCCGGGCACAGCCGUCGGCUACUCGUCGAUCAGCAGCAGCAGCGGCAGCAGCGCCAGCUCUUCUGUGACCAUACCUCAGCGUAUCCACCAGAUGGCCGCCAGCUACGUCCAGGUCACCAGCAACUUCCUGUACGCCACUGAGGUCUGGGACCAGGCGGAGCAACUGUCCAAGGAGCAGAAAGAAUUCUUCUUGGAGUUGGACAAGGUGAUGGGACCUCUGAUCUUCAACACCAGCAGCAUGACAGAACUGCUGCGUUACACACGACAGGGCCUCCACUGGCUGCGCCUGGACGCAAAGCUUGUUCCCUAGCAAGGACUCGUUCCCUGCUCGCUGCUUCCACACGCGCACACACACACCUCAGCUUCUUGAGUUAAUGUGCUCAAAAAACAGUCAUGCAUGCGCUCACAGACAGACACACAUGCAAUGAUGUACUGUAUUUUCACACACACACACACACACACACACACACGUGAUGAACUUCUCAAACAGAUCUACAACACUGUGUCCAUUUUCUACACCAGCUUGCCAAAAACACUGAGCAAUCCAGAGCAUCCGACACCGCGGGCAGCACAGGAAGGAAACCACACAAGAGCUCAUCGCCGUGCUUCACGUACCGGCGUUCUUACAAUCUUUGCCAUGUUUCUAUCCAUUUGGCAAUGGAAGCGCUCGCUGGACUAUUUGCUAUGAAAACGCUUAAAAAUGGGGUUUUGUUUUUUAGGCUACUUUUUUGGCUUUUAACUUUUUAUUUCACUUUGUUUCACCAAAGUACCUCCCAUGAACACCAAAGGUGCUUUAAAAUGAAGGUUUCUCUUUAUCAUUUUUGUGCCUUGUAUGUGAAUGACAGGAAAACAAACAGCCACACGUCAUAUCUGAAUAAAUUAUCCCCUUUUUAUUUUUUUUUUACUUUUAACUAAUUUUAUUCAUUUUAAAAAUAUUUUAAGGUUACUGGAAGCUGGCAACAUUCAGGUCUUUGCAGGCUGAGUCGUGUUAACACGUUUUAGAGGAAAGGAGUUGGCCCCAAAUGAAGGUACGUUACACCAUCUUUAUUCAUGAGGUUUGGAGCCUAAUCGUGAAGCCCACAAUGUUUGAGGACGGACUGUAGGAAGGGCUACUGUGCACAGCAGACUAAUACUUCUGACACGCACGUAUUUAUUAAUGUUCUCUUUCGUCGAUCAGUGUCUCAGUUUUUGUUUCCCACAAUCACAAGCUGGUUUCAGGCCCGCUACAGGGUUGAAUGUUGCUCAACAUGCUCAAACCACCGCGGUCCGGUCUAAUGCGAGGAGCCGCGCCGCCCCUAGGGGCCGCCACCGGGGGGGGGGGCUUUUAGAAACUCUCGUCCUUCAUAGAAUUGAUCUCGUUAAUGUUCUCCCGAAGAGAUUUGCUGUCUUUGAAGCUCUGGAAUACGAGCCUCUUCCUAAGGAAUGUUUUCACACUCGUAGCGACAUUGUUCAGUGAGCGAUUUCCUCGGGUCCGAGUGACUUCCACACAGUGUUGUUCAUGUUUUGAUCCCCUGUUUGCUCAGAGUGUAUUUUUCUAAGGAACAGCAGGGAGUGUCUUAAGUAUUGAACAGGAGCGGGAGCCUGGGUGACCACUAAUUUGGCACAACAAAAGCGAGUUGAUCUGUAAGGAAAUAUUUAGAGAGGCAAACUCAUCAGUGUUGCAUCUAUAGAACAAAGAGUUUUAGAUCUAUCAUUAUAUAUUUCAAAAACAUAAGUAUAACGGCCAAUAUAGAUUUUAUUUAUGUACCACGCGGUUUUCUUUUUUUCUCCCUCUGGCCUAGCAGAAGUAUAACUUUUCAAAUGCAUUCUUUUAAACCAAGAAUUAUGAGAUGCAAAGUAUUUGUUUGUGUAUGUCCUUUUUCCUAUUUAAAUUUGAAUCACACUUGUAUUACAAGCCGGUGGAUGAGAAACGCGGGACGGCGUAUUCCAGCCGUCCAGGUAUGAACGCUUCUCUUAUUUAAAAUGACCUGUCAUCAAGGGAAAUGUGCACGGCGGUGGGUUUUGAAAUGAAGAUGUUAACAUCACACCGAGACAUGUUAGUGUUUGUUAAUGGUCAAUGACAUGAAGGACUGUACUUUAUUUUUUAUUUUUUAUUUUAAAGCUCACUUCCUCAAACAUGCUGGAAACAUUUAAGCCUGGGUCAAAUGGUAUCCAUGGAAACUAAUAAUGGUUGGUUUUUGUUAAUGGCAGUUGGAAAAAAGAACAAUAGGCUUUUACACACAAACAUAACUUCGGGGAGUUGUCACUUCAUCUUGAACUCUUUUCAUCUCAAAGUAAAACAAAUCUUAGAAUUUGACUAUCUGACCCGGGUUUGACCUCUUUAUGUAUUUUCUUUCAUUCACUUGCUCCCUGGCCUUAAUCGUAGGAGGGGAUACUGUUAUUUCCUCUGGCACUUGAAAAAAGACAAAGCCAGAGGAGGUAUUAUUUUAAUCUAUGCAGGAUUUUUACAAAAAAAAAGGAAAGGAUCCGUUUCUUUGGAAAAAAGGAAAAAAAAGUUGGCUUGGGAAUUUUCUUUUCCCUGCUUUUUUUUCCCGCCUCAGUGAGAAACCUGUUGAACUCAAGUGUCCAAUGCCUUUUAGCUUUUGCAAUUUUGUGUACUGGUUUAAGUAUAUAUGUGUAUAUAGAUCUGUUUUUAUAACCAAACACAGGUGGCUUUGAGCCAUUUUGUACUUACAGCUGGAGGCCACUUUUCUCAUAGGGAUUCCUCUGUGGGUCCAGCAGCCCAGUCCAUGUCUUCAUACACUGGUACACUUUGAAAGUACAUGUCCAAGCCUUCUUUUCCCUACACUAUCUUGUAGUCAAAUGUACAAAAUUUAGCAUUUAGAUCAAUUUUUAACAGUUUGCUACUCACACUUAUUUAUUUUUCUGCCCCAUUGCUUAAUAUUUUUUUUUUUCUAUUUGCCAUUUUAAGGAGUUCCACUUUAUGAAAUGAGGAAGAUGUAAAUGUAUUGGGGUUGUUCAUGAGAUUUCCUUGUAAGUAGUAAUUAAUAUUAAUUCUAACUUGAAAGAAUCCAGGGUAAGAUGAUUUUUUUUUUCACAUUCAGUAGGAAGAUGUUAACAGUUGCAUGUUUCUAUUUAAAUACAAAUGUAUAAAUUGUAAAUAUAACAUUUCUUUAAGGGUGAGUUUUACUACAGGUUGACAUUUUUAUUAAAUUAAAAAUGCUGUAAAUACAUUUUGUGAGAUACUUUAUGCACAUUUUUUCAUCCCUCUGUGGGCUUUUGUUCUUCUUCCAAGCUGUUCGAGUCCAUCGCAGUCUCUCGACGCUGUAUAUCACAUUCAUUUCUCAGUCCUUUUUCUUACCGUGCUCGUAUUCUUUGUCUUCUGCUUCACUGUCUCCCAGUGUCACGGUUGCCACAUAAUCAUUAAUGACUCUAGAACCAAGUGUGAAUAUUUUGUCCUCUCUGUAUUUGAUAUGGAGGCGUGUACUUUUCAUGAAAUGUAUAUUGUCGAUCUCAUGGAUGGAUGGAUGGAUGGAUGGAAUCGAUGCAUGGAUGCUGUGUACAGUCUGUUAUGUAAAACCACGUCUGUUUCUUCCUCACGAUGGAGGGAGGGUGAAAUAGAGAGAGAUGUAUUUACUAAUGUGUCCCUUUUUGAACAAUUGGUCCAACAUGUCUUUUGAAACAGAGGUAUUUCUCUACAGGUCAAAACAGUUGUAGCAGUUUAUACAGUAUGUUGUAUAACAUCUUUUUUCUAAAAGUCGUCUCUAAAGUGAGACCCGCAGCAUACACUAUGUACAAUAGUCUAAAUUGGAUUAGUUUUAAGAGAACUGAUGAUAGAGAUACUAUAUAUGAUGGAUGCAAUAUGAUUAAAGGUACUCUUUGAGUUUGAUCUUCAAACUUAGGUUUAUGUAAUUUAAAGCAUUCUUGUGAAGUGAGUAUUAAUUGUGACUAAUGAGAGUCUGUCCUGAAUAUUCUUUGUAUUUUGCCGUAUUGAGAAUAAAAUAUAUAUGGAUAUGUUUAA